AUGGGUUCUGUUGUGUACAAUGCUGUCCUUGGUGCGUUUGUCUGCAGUGGAAUUCUUCUCGGAACCGCGCUUGUGCUCUUGCUGAACGUUUUCAGCGAUAUAGGCGAAUUCCACACCCAGAUUGAAGAGGAUCUUAGUCAAUUCAAGACUUAUGCCGACGAUGCAUGGACUGUGAUGAUGGCCACGAAUAAAGCCCCUUCAGUGCAGCGGCAAAGCGUCUUCUAUGACUCCCUUAUUCGCAGCAAGAGACAGGGAUCAUACAUAGAUGGAGGUGGCGCUAUCGCGGGUGGAGGCGCAGGAGGAGGAUAUGGUGGUUGUCAAUGCGCAGCCCAAGCAACAGGCUGUCCUUCAGGACCACCAGGUAACAUCAACUCAGCAUUAGCCAUUUUCCGAACUCGAAACAUUUCUUUUGUACAGGACCUCCAGGACUCGCCGGGAAUACCCGGAGAAGACGGUACCCCUGGGUAUCCUGGUCAGACAGGUGGAGUCGGUCUAUCCGCUUCUUCGUUUCAUCCCUCAGGGUGCAUUCAGUGCCCAGCUGGAGCUCCUGGCCCCCAAGGACCAGAUGGAGCACCUGGCCCUGCUGGAGCUCCUGGAAAUCCAGGCCAAGAUGGACAAGGUGGAGGUGGAGGCUUCCCAGGACCUCCUGGACCACCAGGAGCACCAGGACGGAAUGGAAACCCUGGCGCACCAGGACAGGACGGUGCACCUGGAGCUCCAGGAACACGAACAAGUAACUAUCCAGGUCCAGCUGGUGCACCAGGACCAGCAGGAGCACCCGGUGCACCUGGACAGAACGGUAGCAGCUACGGAGCUGGGGCACCAGGAUCAGCUGGACCACCCGGUCGGCCUGGUAACCCUGGAACAGACGGAACUCCAGGAGCGGCAGGGCAAGCUGGUUCUGCAGGAGCCCCCGGCUCGGACGCUGCCUACUGCCCAUGUCCACGAAGAACUCGCAUUUAG